AUGUACCAUCCGCACAGUGCCAUACCUCCCCCAACAACUCAAACUUCGCACCAGUCAGAACAUUUCCCCCCUAGUGCUCGUUCAGACUAUCCUCCUCCAGAAGGGUACUAUCAUAACGUACCGCAUGUGUAUUCACACUAUUACGAAUAUCACCAUCCGCCACCGCACGCUCACUAUAUGACAUAUCCAUCUUUACCUCCCGGUCUUCCUCUUCACCCUCAACAACCUCAACAACAUCAACAGCUCUCUCCUUCGAUAGCCACAAGACACGACGAAGAGAAACCGAGACAGACAAGGGGGCAAUCGACAUCGGGGAAUAGCAAUACUACAUCGAACGAAUCAAAAGGAACGGCUGAUAAUGGGAAGAGAGAACCCAAGGCAAGGAGCACAUUGCCUAACAAAAAUCCCGCCUCUGGUCCUUCAGCUUCUUCGGGACCGCCUGCUAAAAGAUUCAGAAUAGAAAAAUUUGGAAUUUUUGAUGCUCCUCAAGAGGAUGAGGAUAAAAGAAUCUAUCGAUUAGUUGUUUGUCAGCAACCACUACGCGCACGCAUGUGUGGAUUCGGUGAGAAAGAUCGGCGGCCGGUCGAUCCUCCUCCGAUAGUGCAACUAAUCAUUAAUGACGAGAAGGGUAAUUUGGAUACAAGCAUGCUCCAGAAUCCCUUCUUUGUUCUCCAUGUAACCCUGUGGUCAGAGGAUGGCCGGGAAGAGCGAAAUGUGAUUAGCAGUCCACCAAAGACUACUCGUGUACUGAUGGGUUCUCUUGUCUCUUCGCCGGCCAUAUUAAAAAACACUCAGAAUGAGCAGGGUUGCUAUUUCUGCUUCCCAGACCUAUCCAUACGCACGGAGGGAAAGUAUACGCUAAAAUUCUCCUUGAUGAAAUUGGGAAAUGAAGACCACCGAUUGGUUGAUACUCGAGCCGUUAUCCUCACCACCACAUUCUCUUCGCCAUUCACAGUCUAUUCCGCAAAGAAGUUCCCGGGAAUGACAGAGUCGACGGAACUUUCGAAAGCAUUCGCCAAACAAGGUUUAAAAAUUCCUAUCCGCAACGACGUACGGCCCCGUAGGUUGGAAGACUAA